UGCCUCCAGGAAGUGGUCAGUCUUCGAAGUGGUUUUCGGUUUGGACUGUUUUUGUUCCUAAACAAAGUGCGAGUCAUUUCCCGUGGGCUGGUAAAGUAACUUAGGUUGAAGCGAUUUAUCGUUUUGUUGCCAUUCACGUCACUUAUAUUUGAUUAAAAUAUGUAGGAAUCUAUAACCCGGAUAACGAGAAUAUUCUAGAAACACCAAGAGUACGGGGUUUCGAUUGCGGGAAGGGGUGAGCAGAGGCCCGCGGCGGUCAAGGAGCUUAGGAAGGGCUGAAGAAGUACGGACUCGCCGGCCAUUGUGCACAAAGACUGGGAGACGACACUCCAAAUUAUACAUGUUUUGACCUCUGAUUCUGUUCCGGGAGAUUUCUGACCUGUAUCAUCGCCAAGAUAGCUGGACCGGGUAGAAAGCGGCACACCCCAGAACCAGACCCCAGCAGCAGCGGCAGCAGUGACGCCGGGGACGGGCGGCCCGUGAGCGCCAAGCGCCUGAAGAUGGCCAGCAGCAGUGAGUCAGGUCGGCGGAAUGGGGGUCAGCGCAGCGCAGAUGACAGCACCAGCAAGAAGAAGCAGAAGGACAGGGCCAACCAGGAGAGCAGGGAGGCCAAGCGAGCAGCAGCAGGGGCCAAUGCAGAGCACAAGAAAGAUGUGUUUGUGGACUGGAAGCAGAAUGCUAAUGAGGUGAUCGCGAGGCUGCGCUGUGGAGACGGGGUGCAGAGGGUGGAGGACGUCACCAUUACCUUCACCGACACAGACUGUCAGGCCCGCUUCCCAGAUGGGCGCCAGUGGGACUGUCAUCUGCAUGAGGAGAUUGAGGGCUCCUGCAGCAAAGUACAGUACAAAGAGAAGAGUGGCUUCCUCCUGCUGGUUAUGCACAAGAAGAUCCCCUUCCACUCCUGGCCUUCCCUUAUGCAAAAUAAGAAGGAGAAGCAGCCUGUGAAAGUGGAGGCCAAGAACGGUAAAGACCAGAAACAGUCGCCUCUGGUAAAGCCUGAGAAGUCUGUCCCGGAGACGACAGACAUGGCUGAACUGUCCACCCAGACGUCUGCGCCACCGGCACAGUGUGAACAAAGGCGUGGCAAAGCAGAGCGAGGUGUCAAACGCAUCAUGAACUACAAACCAGCCGACAGGCUAGAGUCUGUGGUGAAGGCUGGAGGAGAGGGGCAGACCAAGCCGGUCAGUGUCAGUAAAGGGGACCUGCCUCAGGAGCCCAGUGCCAAGCGCCCCGUCCAUCCCCCUAUGGUCUCCAAGGACCCCACCUCAAAGAUGCCCAGGGAUACACACUCCAAGUCCACAGCCAAUGGGAAACCACACAGCCCCACUGGCCGGGAUCUCCAGACGUCUACAGCUGGUGACAAUCGAGCUGAGCUGCUAGGCAAUGGCCAUGAGGGUACAACACCUGAGGUAGCCGUCAGCCACACGCAGCAGGAGUUGAAAGUUCAGACGGAGGACAAGAAGGCCCCAGAGUCUGAUUUCAAGGCUGGUGCAGAAGAGGUAAUCAUACCGGUAGCCACUGUGUCCAGUGCUGAGAUCAGCCCCAAGGCUGGAGCCUCCACCAACAGAACAGAGAGGCCAGGGGAGGCCGAGAGGCCAGGGGAGGCCGAGAGGCCAGGGGAGGCCGAGAGGCCAGGGGAGGCCGAGAGGACUGAUUCUGAGACGCUAGUGAGACAGCCUCCGAAUGAGGCUGACCAGGCCACUGAGUCUCUAACACUAACCAAUCGUUCAGGAUCAGGGAAUCCUGUGACUGCAACAGACACCGAGCAGGCUGAGUCCUCCAGCAGCAGCAGCAGCACUCAGGAGGAGAAGAGGGACCGAUCUAAGGAGGAACCUCUGGAGAUGAAGCAGGAGGAAGCAGUUCCAGAGCCAAUGGUGAACCUGAAGUUGUUGAAGAACGACUCGUACGAGAAAGGGACAGACCUGAUGGUGGUCAACGUGUACAUGAAGGGUAUCUUCAGAGAGACAGCCAGGGUGAUCUUCAGAGAACAGGACUUCACACUCAUCUUCCAGACCAGCGAUGUAAAUUUCUUGCGUCUUCAUGCGGACUGCGGAGCGAACACCGUCUUUAAGUGGCAAGUCAAACUCCGGAACCUCAUCCAGCCUGAGCAGUCCACGUAUGCCUUCACCCCGUCCCGUUUAGACAUCACCCUGAAGAAGAGGCACAGCCAACGCUGGGGGGGCCUGGAGGCCCCUGCUACACAAGGUGCAGUGGGUGGCGCCAAGGUUGCUGUGCCCUCCGCACCGUCCUCUCAGGCCAGUCAGCCGGGCAGCAGCAAGCACUCCCUCUCUGCCAAGGAGGAGCCACCCUGGGUGGGGGAGGGGAAACCCAAGUCCCCUCGGACAGUGGACGGAUGCCUGGACAGUGUGUCAUCCCGCACCGUCUCAGACCAUGUCCCCAUCAAACAGGAGCCUGCAGUCACGCCCAAGCCCACCUGUAUGGUCCAGCCCAUGACCCACGCACCUCCUGCCGGCAGCCAGCACAGCCAGCGCAGCGUUGAGGAGGAAGAGGAGGAGGAGGAGAAGGUGUGUCUGCCAGGCUUCACAGGCCUGGUCAACCUGGGCAACACAUGCUUUAUGAACAGUGUCAUCCAGUCUCUUUCCAACACCCGGGAACUCAGGGACUACUUUCAUGACCGGGCGUUUGAGAAUGAGAUCAACUGUAAUAACCCGUUGGGGACAGGUGGUCGGCUGGCCAUCGGGUUCGCUGUGCUGCUCCGGGCUUUGUGGAAGGGUACCCACCAUGCCUUUCAGCCCUCUAAGUUAAAGGCGAUCGUGGCCAGUAAGGCCAGUCAGUUUACAGGCUAUGCCCAGCACGAUGCCCAGGAGUUCAUGGCCUUCCUCCUGGAUGGUCUCCACGAGGACCUGAACCGCAUCCAGAACAAGCCCUACACAGAGACCGUGGACUCAGACGGACGGCUGGACGAGGUGGGUGAAAUAAAGGUGGUGGCAGAUGAGGCGUGGCAGAGGCACAAGAUGAGAAACGACUCGUUCAUCGUAGACCUCUUCCAGGGCCAGUACAAAUCCAAGCUCGUCUGCCCAGUGUGCUCCAAGGUUUCCAUAACCUUUGACCCCUUCCUAUACCUUCCCGUGCCCCUGCCCCAGAAGCAGAAGGUCCUCACAGUGUUCUACUUUGCUAAAGAGCCUCACAAGAAACCCAUGAAGUUCCUGGUGAGUGUGAGUAAAGAGAACUCGAGCACAGCCGAGGUCCUGGAGUCCAUCUCUCGGAGUGUGAGGAUCAAGGCAGAGAACCUGAGAUUGGCUGAGGUAGUGAAGAGUCGUUUCCAUCGGAUCUUCCUCCCAUCCAACUCCCUGGACACGGUCUCCUCCUCAGACAUGCUCUUCUGCUUCGAAGUGCUGUCUAAGGAGCUGGCCAAGGAGAGGGUGGUGGUGCUCCGAGUCCAGCAGAGGCCUCAGGUCCCCAGUAUUCCCAUCUCGAAGUGUGCUGCCUGCCUGAAGCCUCCUCUCUCGGAUGAAGAGAAACUGAAGCGAUGCACCCGCUGCUACCGCGUGGGUUACUGCAACCAGGUUUGCCAGAAAAAACAUUGGUCCAGCCACAAGGUUCUGUGUGGGCCCAACAUAGAGAACGUGGGACUUCCCUUCCUGGUCAGCGUCCCUGAGUCCAGACUCACCUAUGCCCGGCUGUCCCAGCUGCUGGAAGGAUACUCAAGGUAUUCAGUGAACGUGUUCCAGCCUCCCUUCCAGUCUGGCAGGACGUCUCCAGAGGUCACCCAGUGCCUGGCUGACCUUCCCCCUCCAGCAGAGACCCCUGAAAGUGUGGGGCCAGGGGAUACGGCCAGGGGCGGUGGGGCAGGGGACUCUGAGCAGGAGGGCUCAUCUCUGGUUCCUGAGGCUCCACUAGAGACAGCCCAGGCCUCAGCACAUCCAGCCGGAGACCCAGACGCCCUCUCCACCCACACCACAGACUCAGGUUUCAUUGAGGCCUCCUCUGACUCCCAGGGAGAGAAGGAGACCUCCUGUGAGAAGGCUGUCAGACCAGAAGCUGCUGUGACCGGCUACCAGCAACCAUCAGAGUCUGCGUCCAGCCACACCUCUCAGUUCUACAUCACCGUCCUCCACUCCAACAGCAAGGAGCAGAUACUGGAGGAAAAGGAAGAGGCCGUUCUGGACCUCCCUGAGGACUCCAGCCUGGAGCUGGUGUGGAAGAACAACGAGCGUCUCAAGGAGUACGUCCUGGUUCGAUCCAAGGAGCUGGAAUUUGAAGAGGACCCUGGGUCGGUCAACGAGACAGCCAGGGCUGGACACUUCACCCUGGAGCAGUGCCUCAACCUCUUCACUAGGCCUGAGGUGCUGGCACCAGAGGAGGCAUGGUACUGUCCAAAGUGCCAGCAGCACAGAGAGGCCUCCAAGCAGCUGCUGCUAUGGCGUCUGCCCAACGUCCUCAUCAUCCAGCUCAAACGCUUCUCCUUCCGCAGCUUCAUCUGGAGGGACAAGAUCAACGACAUGGUCGACUUCCCCGUCAGGAACCUGGACCUCAGUAAGUUCUGUAUUGGUCAGAAGGACGACAUGCAGCAGCCGCCCAUCUAUGACCUCUAUGCAGUCAUCAAUCACUACGGGGGCAUGAUCGGAGGUCACUACACUGCCUACGCACGCCUGCCCAGCGCCCAGAACAGCCAGCGCAGUGAUGUUGGCUGGCGUCUUUUUGAUGACAGUACGGUGACGAUGGUGGAGGAGAGCCAGGUGGUGACACGCUAUGCCUACGUGCUGUUCUACCGCCGCCGCAACUCCCCUGUGGAACGACCACCUCGCUUACUGGGGGCCGAGUCCCCCACCUCUGCAGGAGCCAGCGCCAGCCAGGCAUCUCUGAUAUGGCAGGAACUGGAGCAGGAAGAGGAGGGUGUUGAAGAGGGCCCCCGGGGCCUGUUCCGUCCCAGGCUGGGGAGGAGAAGAGCAGCCAGGAGGGAGGAUGGGGUGGAGGGGCAGGUGUGGCGGCUGCUGUGCCAAAGGAUCCCGCAUUAUUCCGAUGACGACUGUGUCCGAUAUUUUGUCCUGGGUACCUUGGCUGCUCUACUAGCGUUGUUAGUGAACCUACUCUACAGAGCCAACUGGGGCUAAGUGGCCAGUAUCACACCCCACACAUACACGCAUGUAUGCUAAAGCAAUAAGGCACGAGAGGGUGUGGUAUAUAUGGCCAAUAUAUCACGGCUAAGGGAUGUUCUUAUGCACGACACAACGCAGAGUUCCUGGACCACAGCCCUUAGCCGUGGUAUAUUGGCCAUAUACCACAAACCACCGAGGCACCUUAUUGCUGUUAUAAACUGGUUACUGAAGUAAUUAGAGCAGUAAGAAUACAUGUUUUGUCAUACCCGUGGUAUAUGGUCUGAUAUACCACAGCUGUCAGCCAAUCAGCAUUCAGGGCUCGAGCCAACCAGUUUAUAAAUAGGCUUAUAUACAAAAAAAUGUAAAGUCUAAUGAAAUAUCCAUUGUAGAUGGCCUAUAAAUCAAUAUGCUGCUGAACACAUUCAAAAUGUUAACUAAAUUAUACACUGCAUAUCUGUUAAUCAAGUCCAAUAGCAUCUACUAGUAACUUGGCUCAGCCUUCUUUACUGCAGUCCAUAACGUAUGUCCCUAUAAGAUACGUUACAUUCUAGUUCAAACCUACUUCAGCCUUUUAUGUGUCCAUGCCAAGUGUCUCUCUCUCUCUCAUGUAGGUUUUCAGUACAACAAUCUGAAAUGCGUGUUUCGUAAUGGUUAGUCCUAUGUUUUUGCACAAGAGAUGCUGCUGAGAGGACUUGAACUAGGGUAUAGGGUUUAAGUCCUACUGUGAUAGUGUUGAGUGGGUGAGGGAAUAAGAUAUUGUAAUCCUUUAGCUCCAUCACAGGGUGGUAUGAUGGGCUCCGCGACUUGCUUUUUGCAGUCAUGACUUUGUACUGUAACCUGAAGACGGCUAAAAUGUGUGUUUUGCUUUAAUGAAUACAGUGUUUUAGACUCACUGUAAGCUAGUAUGUGCCUUCUGCUUGUUUGUCACAUUGCUGAUUUAUUUUUGAUUUUAUGUUGUCCACUAGGGUUGGGCUCAAUUCGAAAUGGAGGCUGUUAAUUCAGGAAGUGAUUUGAAUUUAAAAUUCAGACAUGUAUUUUUAUUUUAUUUUUCGAAAUAGAUCACUUUUACUUUUCAGUUGAUUGAGAAGUCAUUGAAAAUAAAUGAAUUUUUUUUUCUUCAGAUUAUUGCAUUGUAGGUUUUGUUUACUUCCUUCCUGUUUACUUCCUGAAUUGUGACUCUGCCUUAUGUUCGAAUUGAGCCCAACCCUGCUGUUCAUACGUUUUCCUUAUCCUUGUCAGACUUCAUGAAAGCCACUUGUUUAACCUUUUUUAAAUGUGCUUCUUUUUUGGGGGGGGUGAAAUAGCUAGAUAUGUCAGAGCUUUACGACUGUUUGUGCAAAAUAAUAAGUGCGCUGAUGUACAGUAUGAAGCUGAAGCUUAGUAGUGACGUCAACUCAUUAGGUGGACGGUAUCUACUUUCUAUCAAUGAAAAUGAUGAUCUGUGUCGCUGCUAUAUGGACUAACCUUCUGUACCAGUGUUGUAGUAAUAUGUUCAAGUCUCAGGGAUAUCACACUGCACUCUGUCAUGCCUCUCCAGCUGUAGAUGGGCUUGGGGGCCAGGUAUAAUCACCAUCUGCUUUCAAUGCCCAGUAUGUCUCAGUGGUUUGCCUCAGUGAAAUGUCCACACAAGGAAAUGUGAAUUAUAAAGGCUCCCUACAGAUGGCAAAGAUUCUCUAUGGUUGUGGGUGUAAAGUGAAAGUUACUGAUGUAAGGAAGUGUAUAUUUUAUAGCAGAAAUAUUUACUAGAUUGCUGUAUAGAAAUUGUACAAUUUUAAAUGUAAUCUUAAUAGUCGCUAUUAUUUAAAAAGAAAGUGGGACAUUUCCUAGCAAUAAUGUGUACAGGUCCUUCCAUCUUAAUGCUGCCCCAAUAAACCAACACUUGUACUACUUUUCAAAAUAAAAUGUCAACCUUUA